AUGACUACCAAUCUUUCCUAUCCUUUUACUCCAAAUUACCUAUGGAUAGCUGAUAGUGGAGCGUCUCAUCACAUGACGCCCAAUGUUCAUCGAUUACAAGCAUUUGCUCCUUAUUCUUCUAAGGACAAGAUCACUAUAGGCAAUGGGGAAGGUCUGCAAAUAGACCAUAUUGGAUAUCCCACUUUAUCAAAUUUACCUGGCACUUUACACUUAAAACAAGUGUAUCAUGUUCCUCAACUUGCAACUAAUCUUCUUUCUGUGUAUCAGCUCUGUAAGGAUAACAACUGCAUUGUUGUAUUUGAUGAAUAUCACAUCUAUGUGCAGGAAAAACAGACCAACAAGGUUCUGUACAAAGGUCAGAGUGACAAAGGAUUGUUUCCAAUUCCAUAG